GGCAGACAAUGGGAUGCACAGGAGACGGGGACCCUGGCUAGAGGAGGCUGCCAACCUGAGUCCCGCACGUGCCAUCAAGCCUGAGCCUGGAUCUCUGACACCUGGGCAGGUGGGUGUGCGGGCAGGAGGGCAGUCACCUCCAUCCCUGGUGAUAAAAAGCCACCCGGAUGACGGAUGACGGCACUGCUCUCCCAACCCCUCGCCUGUGGUGUCUGGCUCUGCCGUGUGCAAGGCGUCUGGCCCCAGGGAGAGGCGGGGUGAGCCUCCACCAGCAGCUCCUCAGCUAUAAAUAGGCAGCCUCCAGGGCUGCUCACUCACCUCCUUUCUCCACCACAGCCAUCACCUGAGCCUCUCUGACACCUGGACCAUGGACCCCCGGGAGUGCUCCUGCUUGUCUGGAGGAAUAUGCAUCUGCGGAGACAACUGCAAAUGCACCACCUGCAACUGUAAAACAUGUCGCAAAAGCUGCUGCUCCUGCUGCCCCCCAGGCUGUGCCAAGUGUGCCCAGGGCUGUGUCUGCAAAGGCGGCUCCAGCAAGUGCAGCUGCUGCCCCUGAAGGGCCCCCGGGUGCUGGGUGCGGCCGGGGAAGCGUCUGUACAGUCACAGGUGGAGGAGUUGAGAUGAGCGUGCUUUUUAUACAUCUGCCCCAAGGAGGUGUUGGUGAUGUGCGUGUAAAGUGUUGGAAUAAUAAAGUUUUCACUCACGGUUG